CCAAGCUACUAGCUACAGACUCCCUAAGUGGCAAUAACACUCAUCUUCACUAUCUCACCCCACAAAAAUUGAUACCCUUAUUGACCAUGGCAACUCCAUCACCAUCUCUAAAUUUCUUCUUCCUCUUUCUGUUCAUCAACUUUUCCUUGUCCUUUUCCGAACAAAACCAACAAACUAAUAUCGAAAUUCAAGCUCUUCAAUCCUUCAAAAACAAUGUCCACGACCCACUAGGAGCACUUUCGAAUUGGGUUAUCACGUCACCCUCCGCGCCGUGCGAUUGGCGUGGAAUCACUUGUUCAGAUUCAAACGUAACUGAACUUCAUUUGCCACAGUUGCACCUUACUGGUCCCCUCACUUCACAAAUUGCUAAUUUACGCAUGCUGCGUAAACUUAGCCUACGUUCCAAUUACUUUAACGGAACGUUACCCGUCUCAAUUCAUAGAUGUACACACUUAGACACUAUUUUCUUACAGCACAACUCCUUCACAGGGGAAAUCCCACUGACGAUAACUAACCUUACUCAGCUAGAAACCUUUAACGUUGCUGGAAAUCAAAUGUACGGAGAAAUACCGGGUGAGCUGCCUGUGAAUCUCCGGUACUUUGACGUGUCUUCAAACAUGUUCUCUGGUAGCAUACCGGAGAAAAUGUCGUAUCUCUCUCAGCUUGUUGUGCUGAAUUUGUCUUACAAUCAGUUCUCCGGUAAUAUUCCUGCAAACAUCGGUAGACUUCAACAGAUUCAGUAUCUUGUUCUUGAUUACAAUGAUAUAGAAGGGACAUUGCCUUCUGCAAUAUCAAAUUGUUCAUCGUUAGUGCAUUUGGGUGCUGAAGGGAAUACUAUUACUGGUGUUAUACCUGCAGGAAUUACUUCCCUUCCGAGGAUUCAGGUGAUUAAUUUGUCGCGUAAUAAGCUUUCAGGAUACCUAGGAUCAUCGACUUUCUGCAAUGAUUCUUCUGUGUAUCCUCCUUCUCUUCAGAUUGUUCGGUUGAGUUACAAUGCUUUUACGGAGAUUCUCUAUCCAAAGUCGUCUCAAUGUUUUAGUUCAUUGCGAAUUUUGGAGCUCCAGCACAAUCAGAUAAGUGGGAAUUUCCCCUUUUUCUUGAUUGACAAUGCUAAUUUGACGUCUUUGGACUUGUCAGGGAAUUUGUUUUCAGGUAAAAUCCCGAGUUCAAUUGGGAAUUUGGUGAGAUUGGAGGAAUUGAGGAUGGGAAAUAAUUCGUUUGAAGGUGAUACACCUGUUGAAAUCACGAAAUGUAGUAGUUUGAAUGUUCUUGAUCUUGAAGGGAACAAAUUGACCGGGGAAAUUCCGCGGUUUUUAAGUGGUCUUAAGAACUUGAAGAUUUUGUCAAUUGGAAGAAAUCAGUUUUCGGGUUCAAUUCCGUCUAGUUUUGGCAAUAUCACUAGUCUUGAAAGUUUGAAUUUGGAAGGAAAUCGUCUUACAGGAAGUUUACCGGGGGAGUUAAUGUUUUUGAGCAAUUUAAGCGCGUUGAAUCUGAGUGGAAACAACUUUUCGGGGAGUAUUCCAAUUGGCAUUGGAAAUCUUCAGCAGUUAUCGGUUUUGAAUCUGAGCAGAAAUGGCUUCUCAGGGACUAUCCCAUCUAGCAUUGGAAAUUUGUAUAAGCUAGUAGUUCUUGAUUUGAGUGGACAGAAUUUAUCAGGAGAAUUGCCAUACGUGCUAGGCGGGUUGCCUAAUUUACAAGUGAUUGCUUUGCAAGAAAAUGAGUUGUCUGGAAAUGUACCCGAAGGUUUUAGUAGCUUAAUGGGGUUGCAGUACUUGAAUCUAUCUUCCAAUUCAUUUUCAGGUCAUAUACCAUCUACUUUUGGGUUCCUGACCUCGUUAGUUGUCCUUUCGUUGAGUGAAAAUCACAUAUCUGGCUCGAUUCCUCCUGAUUUGGGUAAUUCGUCUGCUUUGGAGAUAUUAAGUCUACGGUCUAAUUCAUUGAGUGGCCAAAUUCCUUCUGAUCUUGCACGUCUCUCUCGUUUGAAUGUACUGGAUUUGGGUAAAAAUAACUUGACUGGUGAAAUUCCUGAAGUUAUUUCCAAUUGUUCAUCCCUAACAUCGGUUGUGCUGGAUACGAGCCAUCUAUGGGGGAACAUCCCAGCAUCACUCUCUGGCUUAUCAAGUUUAGUUACCCUUGAUCUCUCUGGUAACAACUUGAGUGGAGAAAUCCCUGAAAAUCUUACAUUGCUCCCGAACUUGGUGAAGUUCAAUGUAUCGAACAAUAAGUUGGAAGGCCAGAUACCAGUGAUGCUCGGUUCUCAUUUUAAUGAUCCAUCGGAUUACAAUGGCAACCAAGGGUUGUGUGGGGAGCCGUUGGAUAGAAAAUGUGAGCGGGUUGGUAAUGAUAAGAAUAGAUUGAUUAUGUUUAUUGCAGUGUCUGCUAGUGGAGGUCUUCUCCUUGCAUCAUGUUGCUGCUUUUACACGUACGCCUUGUUGAGGUGGCGUAAGAAGCUCAAAGAAAAAGCAGCUGGAGAGAAGAAGCAUAGCCCUGCAAGGGUUAGUUCAAGGACAAGUGGUUCUCGGGGUUCUCGUGGCAGUGGUAACAACGGUGGACCAAAACUUGUUAUGUUCAAUAACAAAAUCACAGUUGCUGAAACAAUCGAAGCAACAAGGGAAUUUGAUGAGGAAAAUGUUCUUAGCAGAACACGCCAUGGAGUGCUAUUCAAGGCUUGUUACAGUGAUGGAAUGUUACUCUCGAUCUGUAGACUACCAGAUGGAUCACUAGACGAGAACAAAUUCAGAAAAGAGGCUGAAUCGCUUGGUAGAGUGAAGCACAGAAACCUAACUGUUCUCCGUGGGUACUAUGCUGGUCCUCCAGACCUUAGACUACUUGCAUAUGAUUACAUGCCGAAUGGAAACCUCGCAACACUCCUUCAAGAAGCAUCCCACCAAGACAGUGGCCAUGUCCUCAAUUGGCCAAUGAGACACCUCGUUGCACUUGGCAUUGCCCGUGGACUUGCUUUCCUCCACGCAGCCUCUAUCAUUCAUGGAGAUGUGAAACCACAAAAUGUCCUAUUUGAUGCAGAUUUUGAAGCCCAUCUUUCAGACUUUGGCUUAGAUGAGCUUAUAGUAGCCACACCAGCCGAGCCUUCCACUUCAACAUCAGUUGGUACUAUAGGCUAUGUAGCACCAGAGACAGCAUUAACAGGAGAAGCCACGAGACAAUCAGAUGUUUAUAGCUUUGGCAUUGUAUUACUAGAGCUGUUAACAGGAAAAAAGGCGUUAAUGUUCACGCAGGAUGAGGACAUUGUAAAAUGGGUAAAGAGGCAAUUGCAAAGAGGGCAAAUUUCAGAACUGUUAGAGCCAGGAUUACUUGAACUGGACCCUGAAUCAUCAGAAUGGGAAGAGUUCUUAUUAGGAGUAAAAGUAGGGUUGCUUUGCACAGCACCGGACCCCCUUGAUCGGCCUACUAUGACCGACACAGUGUUCAUGCUUGAAGGUUGUCGUGUUGGCCAGAUUUCACUCGCCUGACGAACUGAGACGGCAGUGGCAACGCGUAAAACUCAAGAUGGUCUCAUUCUAAUUCUUGGCCCUUUCUGUUGGCUCUUUUGACAUUUGGAGGAGUUGCAUUGCAAUGUCUUGGUGAACAAUGCAACAGUUAGCUGGCAUUAGAACUUAAGUUGUAGCUAUUUUAUUGAUUUUGGUUUGGUAUUACAAAAGGCUCUCUUGAGUUGAAAAAAUGAAAUGUAUCCUUUAAGCAAUUCAAACUUUUGGAACAA